CUUCAACUCUUCAUGUAACUUUCAAAGACUUUCUCAUUUCCCCCUCUUUAUAAAUCAAGCUCCAGAAAUCUCAGGAACAAAUGCAUGUCUUCGAACAACAUUAAACAGGUUUGCUCAUUUGGUGCAGAACUUGUUUUGAUUAGAAAGUAAAUUGGUCAAGUUAUUUGGAAGCUCAAAUGAGGGCAGUUUCUUCGUGCUUUUCUGCGCUGCAAGGACCCAAAGGCAGAUCCCUAUGUAUACUGAAAGAAAAUGUGUUUGUUCAACCGAUGUUUGUAGCCAGUAUUUGGUCACGAAAUUUCCAUACGUUCCAUGCACUAAGAAAUAGUGUAGGAAAGAGAUUUGGGUUGAAGUUGGUGGUGUCUGAUGCCUAUAGAGCUUCUCGAGAUGAUCCCAGUACUGGCAGGUUGAAGCAGCGGACAGUGACAACAAAAACAGAAAGAACGAGUAACAUAACACGUAGCAGUAAAUCAUGCGUCACCAGGCCCAGUGAACUUGGGGAAGAAACGGUUACAAUGGGCACUAAGUUAAACUUAUACAAUUCAGAGGUGAUAGAAACUAAAGAUAUUAAACAUUAUGAUGUUCAACCAAAGGUUGAAGGGAGCAAAAAAAGUGAGAGGCUUGUGACAAUUUUUGUUUUUGAUACUGAAACUACAGGCCUCCAUCGUGAGAAUGAAAGAAUUAUUGAGUUCGCACUUCGAGAUCUUAGUGGAGGCAAGGACAGUACACUACAAACCCUAGUCAAUCCUGAACGGGACAUCCUAAAUGACCACAUUCAUGGCAUUACAACUAGCAUGGUGAACAGGCCAGAUGUCCCAAGGUUUUCUGAUCUGAUUCCAAUCUUACAGCAUUAUGUGAAAACUCGCCAAAUCCCUGGCACACCUAUUCUGUGGGUUGGUCAUAAUGCCCGCGUUUUUGACGUGCCUUUUCUGAUCAGUGAGUUUAGUCGAUGCUCCAUGGAGAUUCCUUCCGAUUGGCUGUUUCUAGAUACACUUUCUCUUGCUAGGGAUCUGAUGAAACUAGAGGGAUCGAAGCUUACAGGUAAAUCUGUACAAGCACUUCGUGAAUACUAUGGAAUUCCAUGGGUUGGUAAAGCUCAUACUGCAAUGGCAGAUGUGAAUAUGUUGUCACAAAUACUACGGCAUAUGACUAUUGACUUGCAGCUUCCAGCUUCUGCACUUUUAGAAAGAUCUUUCACGGCCUCCGACAUAAUCAAUUCGAAAAAAAAGAAAACCACCACAAGCUAGUUUCUUCUUUUCUUUUGUUUACUUACACUUGUAUCAGCAAUUCAUUGUAAUAUUUAUUCAAUUUCAACAAAACAACUGUGUAUUCUAUAGCUUUCAGCCAGCAAAGAAAACAAUAUUUCAUA